AUGCAUCGAGUUCAAAUCAAAGGUCCCAUUUUACUUGCAAUGGCAUUGAUAUUUGUUCAAGGUAUAUGUGGAAUGAGUUAUGGUUUAUUGAUAUCAGCUAUAUGCGAACAAGAAGUUGAAGUUAUGGAAGUGGCACUUGGAUCAGUAUUUCCUAUAUUGCUAAGUAGCGGUGUCAUAUGGCCAUUAGAAGGUAUGCCGCAUAUAAUGCGUGUUCUAAGUAAUUUUACACCAUUGACACAUACAGUUGAAGCAAUGAGAUGUAUUGUAUCCAAAGCUUGGACAAUUGUUGAUUUUAAAGUAUGGUUUGGUUUUGUUGUUGCCACUUCAUGGACUACAGGUUUUUUUAUCAUAGCGGCAGUAUUAUUUGCAUUAAGAAAAUAA